UACAACAUGUAGGAAGUGCUGGUGAUGUUUUGGAAGAUGAUCCUGUUGGAAGGCUGAAAGUUUUUGUCUAUGAACUUCCAAGAAAAUACAAUAAAAAGAUACUGCAAAAGGACCCAAGAUGCCUCACCCACAUGUUCGCAGCGGAGAUCUUUAUGCAUCGGUUUCUAUUAUCUAGCCCUGUUAGAACCCUCAAUCCCGAUGAAGCUGAUUGGUUUUAUACUCCUGUAUAUACAACCUGUGAUUUGACAGCAAAUGGCCUUCCUUUGCCUUUCAAAUCACCACGAAUGAUGAGAAGUGCUAUACAGCUUAUUUCUUCAAACUGGCCUUAUUGGAAUCGGACGGAAGGUGCUGACCACUUUUUUGUAGUGCCACACGACUUUGGAGCAUGCUUCCAUUAUCAAGAAGAGAAGGCUAUUGAAAGAGGAAUUCUUCCCUUGCUCCAACGUGCCACCUUGGUGCAAACUUUUGGACAAAGAAAUCAUGUUUGCUUAAAAGAUGGUUCCAUUACUGUUCCUCCAUAUGCUCCUCCACAGAAAAUGCAAACCCACCUGAUUCCUGAGAAAACUCCUAGGUCAAUUUUUGUGUACUUCAGAGGCUUGUUUUAUGAUGUAGGAAAUGACCCAGAAGGUGGCUAUUAUGCAAGAGGUGCUAGAGCAGCGGUCUGGGAGAACUUCAAAGACAAUCCACUUUUUGACAUUUCCACGGAGCACCCAGCAACGUAUUACGAAGAUAUGCAGCGGGCUGUUUUCUGUUUGUGUCCCCUUGGCUGGGCCCCAUGGAGUCCAAGAUUGGUUGAAGCAGUGAUAUUUGGCUGUAUCCCUGUUAUUAUAGCAGAUGACAUUGUUUUACCCUUUGCUGAUGCAAUCCCAUGGGAAGAAAUUGGGGUGUAUGUAGAUGAGGAAGAUGUUCCAAAUUUGGACACCAUACUCACUUCCAUUCCACCUGAAGUAAUAUUGAGGAAGCAGAGACUGCUAGCUAACCCUUCAAUGAAGCAGGCUAUGCUAUUCCCACAACCUGCUCAACCAGGAGAUGCUUUCCAUCAAGUAUUGAAUGGACUUGCACGAAAAUUGCCUCAUGAUAGAAGUGUUUACCUGAGGCCUGGUGAGAAGAUCUUAAACUGGACUGCAGGUCCAGUUGGUGACCUGAAACCUUGGUAGCAGCUAUAACAGGAUGCUCCUUGAAGAGAUUCUUAGCAGCCUCUCCGGCAGUCCUUCCAACGAAGCUGGUUUAAUCAAGGCGGCUGUUUACCUAAAGUGUAAAUCUUGGUUUUUCACUUUAAUAUGUCAGAUUAAGCAUCCAUUAUGUAUGGUCCAGUAGUGUUAGUCGUAUUCUGCCUUGGGUGAAGAAACCGUAAAUGGGGUCUGCAACGUGUUCUGAUCCCGUUGAUUGACAACCUCACUGUUGCAUAUCACCCAUGCUCUGAAACAAAGCUUAAAUUGUCAUUAGGGUUUCUGAUUGAUGCCAACAAUAAAAGUUUUAAAACUAAA